GUGAGGGAUGACCUGGCUGCACGGCACCUCCGCCGCAGGUCGCUGAGUCUGGAUCGAGAUUCUGCACGGAACGGGACACGAGACAGGACACGGGACGGGACACGAGACGGGACACGGGAUGGAACACGAGAUAGGACGUCAGGGUUAUUCCGCUCUUCCUCUUUCACUGACAGCAAGGACACUUUUGAUCUGAUUUCAACGGGUCAUUUCCCACGCCAGGAGAGGGAUAGCAGUGUCGGCAACAGUCAGGCGUUGACCUUGGGGGCUGUGAGCGACAGUGAGGCGUUGACCUUGGGCGCUGUGAGGCAGCUUCAGAAGCAGCUCGGUGACCUUGAGCAGCAGCUGGUACAUCAGGAGGUCAAAGGGCGCGAGCAGGCACGGCCGUUGUCGGCGGUUGUAGCGUCAGGUCAAGGUCAGACGCAGAAUGUCCCUGACCUUCUCUGCAGAAGAGACGGAGAGGAAAUGACCUUUGUGGUCACUGAGGCUGAAGACAAAAUGUCAAGGUCAGGAAAGAAUCCUGGAAUGGUGGCAUCCGGCGUUCAUCUGUCUGCGAGGGAAAGAAGGAGGCAGAAACAAGCUGGAAAACUGUGGAGCACCCAUCCAAGGAAAUGGCUCUUGACAAAUGAAGUUCCAGAAGAAUCCGCUCCAGGAAGCUGUUUAGGGAACGAUUCUCCACAGGAACUGACAAAAGCGACCGAUCAAACUCCACCGGUGGCUGGGGCAAACCCACCGUUUCUGGCAAGUUCUGGUUUUUCUCAUUCAGAAAAUGACGCGGGAAGUCGCUCAACUUCAAAGACUUUGUUAUCCCCGCGGAAAGUUGAGCUGACCUUUGCUGGGGAGGACAGAAAAAAUUCCACCCAUCUUAGACAGUCCAUCAGGUUGAUCAAGUCGGAACUGGGCAAAGUGCACCACAUAGAGGGCGCCAGGAAAGCUGAACUGGAGAGAAGAGAGCUGAUUUUCUCCGAGAAAGAUGUUCUGGGAGAAGGAAGCUUUUCUCAGGUUUUCAAAGGAACCUAUCGCGGCUCGGACGUUGCCAUAAAAAGAUUGAGAGCUCCGCUUUUGUCAGUGGACAAGAACUAUUUCACUGCUGAGGUGUCAAUGCUCCAAGAACUGAGACAUCCGCACGUUGUCAUGUUGCUUGGCGUCUGCUCGGGCGACAAACUGCCCCUGAUGGUGCUGGAGUUUAUGGCGCGCGGAAAUCUCCACAGUCUUCUGCACGACGCUACAAGGGCUGAUCUGAGCCAGGAGGAGUAUUGCCAGAUUGGCCAUGACGUGACGGCAGGCAUGCUGUAUCUGCACCUCCACCAGCCUCCCGUGCUGCACCUGGACUUGAAGUCUUGCAACGUUCUCAUUGGAUACGGCACCAGAGCCAAAGUGGCAGAUUUCGGUUUUUCAAAACUAAAACAUGAAGCAGACGUGAAAGUGUCGAGAGCGAGCAGACUUGAACCGUCGCAAGCCACGCCCGCCUGGAUGGCACCAGAGCUACUGGCGGCAGGGGAGAUCACCCCGAAGGCGGACGUCUAUAGCUUCGGAAUAAUUCUCUGGGAAAUGCUGACGAGGCAGAUCCCUUACGAGGGCCUCUCUAUUUACCAGGUCCUAGAGAGUGUGCGACUAAAUCGGCGGCCGGUGGUUCCGGCGUCGUGCCCGACUGUCUUGUCCCACCUCAUGAGGAAAUGCUGGGAACACAACCCUGCGGCAAGACCCAGCUUCAAGGAUGUGCUGAGGACACUUGGACGACUUCCCAGCGCUGAAGGGUGGAAGACGAAGACUGUCGGGCUAGAGGGAGAUGAGCAGGGAAGAGCUGCCGGAGCAGAGAGGAGAAACACUUUGGAAGUAACGCAGCGUACUCCUGUGGGGGACUGGUCUUUGCAGGUCGAGUCUGUUUCUUCUGAUGAGGAGGAUGGUGACAGUGAUGAUGAUGAUGAUGACGAUGGUGAUGAUGAUGAAUCAAGUGGUGAGGGGAGCAGCUGUGGCGGGGAUGACAGGGGAGAGAACGAGUUUGAUUCUCCAGAGAGCAGCAACCAUCAGGACUCGAGUCUGUCACCGGAGAAAAAGGAAGCAACAAGUUCUCGGAGACGUAGUCCACAGACACAGAUGUUGCCAGAGGAAUCCUUCUCCGACAAGGUCAAGGAUGAGAAAACCAGCGCCAGCGCAGAGGAAACAGUCAAGCGUCUGUCAGUAGUUUUGCCUACGGAAAGUUUAGCAGAAGAUGAACAGGAAGUAGUUUUUGGUGAUCACUGCUGGCGACAGGAGUCCGUCCAUGACGCGGAACAGAUCCCGUCUCCAGAUGAAAGGCAGAGCAACAGACCAAGCAGACGUACAGAUACCGCUGCUAAACUCAUUGAGAAAUACUUGCCAGCAACAAAACUGGGGAGCGCACUGAGCAAAUCUUGUGACCUUCACCCACAAGGACAAACAGACAGACGGUACUCCUCCGAUAAAUUACUUCCCCUGCGGCAUUCUAUGGACCGCCCCAAACCGGAAGUGCCACCCAGAAAAGAUGACGGUCCAGUCAGACGUCAAGGACCAGACACGUCUGCUCACAGUUGUCACGAGAUCUCGGAGACUCGGUCAAAGGACUUCCACUCAGAUCUCCCCUCCAAGGACGCAACAACGACCAGUUUGAGCGAUGAUGUUGACCCCCGCAGCUCUUUCAAAGACGGUAGUGACAAAGGGGAAAUAACUUCAUACGUUCCUUCCUUUCUCAAAGACAAACCAACGCCUUCUCCGAGAAUGAGCAUUGCUCCAACACCCCAGGACACAACCAAUUGGGGGAAAACUGUCAACAGAAGUUUGGAUUUGCCCAUGCUAAGUUCUUUCAUGAAAUCCCUGGACAAAGCUGAGGGAAAACCGACAAUGAGAUCUGCCGAUGUUUCCCACAAGGCUCGUUUUCUUGCAAAAUCUGGAACUGGUCAAAGAACAAGUGUUUCUCAAGUUGCAGGGUUUGAAGAGGAAGAUCAUCGAAGCAGUUAUUUGACCCAAGUGUCAGAGGAAUUCAAGAGCUGUGAACCCAUCCCUUCUCUAAAGAAACAAGUAAACAAUAACAGACAAACACACAACAGACAAACACACGACAGACAAACACACAACAGACAAACACAUGACAGACAAACACAACAUGAAUUAGAUAAUGUUGAACAGACCAGACUUGAUUGUUCACUUCACAAAACCUUUCUGGAAUCCCCUUUGGAGACGAGUGAGAGUGAGAAGAGAUUCCCUUUUUUGUCAGAGCUGCUAGUUGCUGCUGCCAAGAGAACUGAUGAAAACGCCGACUUGGCUUCGGGAUCCUCCAUUUCUCGUGUUACGAAUCCAGACUUUGGGAAAUCUGAACGUCAGAAUGUUUUGUUAUCUUCAGACUCGUCAAAUCACUCGGAACUACUUCUGCGUGAUAAAUCUGAGCAUCAACGCAUUUCUUUGUCUACAGACUCAUCAACUCCUUCAGAGCAGCUCAAAGCGUUAGUGCUUUCUUCCGAUUCAUCUGGAGAUACAACAAAGUGUCAAGAUAAGGAUUGUGAGAAGGCAAUAUCUGACCCUGUCCUACACGGCCCUGAAGAUACUUUACCCUCCAGACCCAGGAGGCUGAGCGCGGAUUCGGAUUCAGAUUCUUCGACUGAGGUUGACAAUCUUUCCGUGGACAGUUUGAGUCUGAGCACAGAUGAAGUGGAUUUCUCCGUUGUCCGUGGCCCCGGGGCGGAUCACAGUGCCGCGACUGUCCUUGCAGACAUUUCCAGCUCCCUGUCUCAAGCUACAUCAGCCAAGGGGAUUCAAAACAAGUCCAAUACUGAGAAUAUUCCUCAACUUUCUAGUAAAAGUAUGUGCAAGUCAAAUAACGAUAGGCAUCAGUUUGCUAAUAGGGAAAGUUUUUAUCUCCUUGAGAGUCAUAAUGAAGAUCCACCUUUUGUGAUUGAGUCACCACAAAGUGUGAACUCCUCUCAUGUCAAAGAAACUUCUCCGAAUCAACAGUUUGUGGGAGCGGAUAGUGUCAUGUGUCACCGUCCUGGUGUGGACUUUGGGCUUACAGGGCAUGAUGGAGAAAGCCAACAGGAUUCAGGAAAUGAGGCUGGCAGGAACGACUCUUUCUCUACCUCUCAAGUUGUCGGCAAAAAUGUUGACGGUAUACACAAAUCGACAAAUGGAGAUGACAAGUUCGAAAGAGAUUCUCUCGAGGAAGGUCCAGAGAUGGUUCAGCAUCAAGUUAAUAAGACAGCCGGAAAGGAACUGUCAAGAAAGCAGCUUGUGAAAAAUAAAAUGAAUUCUCAAAGUUCCAGCAAAAACAGUGAAAAAAAUGUUUACGACAGGAAGUCACCUUGGUCUGCCACUGUCAAUCGAGUCCCGAUUCCAAAACUGCAGUUUUCAGCAGCAGAUAUCAUCUCUCAGAAGGGAAAGUUGUCAAAAGCCAAAGAACUGGCGCCACAUGUACAAAGGGGAGCUAACUCAGGUCCCCCGCCCGGUGCCCACUUCUCUCUACGUGCCAGCAUGCUGCUGGCUCAGAAAGGUCAGCUGAGGCCGGUGGUUUCGCGAGAGCCGACGUCACCGACAAAGCUUCUGGAAAGGUCACAGCAAGGGUCUGUGCCAUCUGUUGCCAGCAUUCUCAAAAGGGCAAUGACAGAUCGACGGUUUGCCAUGGGAGAUAAUCUGGAUAGCCAUGACGUGACACCCGAUGCGUCGUGGUCAUUGCAGGAUGAGGAACUACCGACCUGAACAUUUCUGGUUUCUCACAGCAAGGGGGAAACGUUCUGUCUUAAGUAGAUUUGUUGUCAAUAGAGCAUUUUGAUUCUGGGUGGAAGAAAAUGUGAGCAGAGAACUGAACUCUUUGGCUCUGAAUCACUACAUAAGUGACCUUCUCUGUACCAUGCUUCAGCGGAUCUCUACGCUACUUGAGUGGGGUUUUGGGAGGUACUGAUGUCCACAAGCCCAAGAUCUACACAUGAGGUUGUUGUGCUACAUUUACUAACUUUGUCACCCAUCUUGAGAUUCUCUGUCCAGUUAGGAAUAGUGUGAGAGCUCACAGAAACCAAUCCAUCAAUAUUUCACUGAAUCAUAACAUCAAUAUUUCACUGAAUCAUAACAUCAAUAUUUCACUGAAUCAUAACAUCAAUAUUUCACUGAAUCAUAACAUCAAUAUUUCACUGAAUCAUAACAUCAAUAUUUCACUGAAUCAUAACAUCAAUAUUUCACUGAAUCAUAACAUCAAUAUUUCACUGAAUCAUAACAUCAAUAUUUCACUGAAUCAUAACUAACAGUUUUAAGGUAACAACCUUGACCGCCUCAAAUUGGGAGCGUAAAAUUGGGGAAUCUCUUGCAUACAGAAAGAGUAAACCAUUUUGCUGAAAUGGAUUUUCCAUGUGUAGAGAUUUCUCUGCCUUGAGUGUAAGAUUUAGUAAGAAAGGUCUCCAGAAUUUUAGCAUUGAGAUGAAAGGUUGUUACUUUUUAUUCAUCACAUGGGAAUAGAGAGAUCGUUAUGUUAGCGUUCAAAAUCGUCUACAGAAUUAUGUUGUGAUAAUUUUUCAUUUGUAAACAGCCCAAGACUAUGGAUUCUCAGGUGCAUCAUUCAAGACUGCUGAGUCUUUAUUUGAUAUUGUUUCUUUACAAUCUGCCGUUGUUGCUUUAUAAAAUGAGUUCUGAAUAAUAGCUGGAACUUCAUACUUUAUAGGUUAUAGAUGCUUAAAGAGAUUUUUCUAAUAAAAGAUGAAAAAUGAGGAGGGUAAUAAUUGAACAAAAGUACUAUAUAGGAGAGAUAAGUUAAAUUCUUGGACUGUUUGAUUCAGUAGUUCAAUUCUAGGACUGUUUGAUCCAGUAGUUCAAUUCUAGGACUGUUUGAUUCAGUAGUUCAAUUCUAGGACUGUUUGAUCCAGUAGUUCAAUUUAAAUUCUAGGACUGUUUCGAUGCAAUAUCCUGAAGUCUGAAGGCCUUUGACCUUUGUUGUUGGUAACAAGUGUCUAGAUAGAUGGAGAUGUAGUUACUUUGUAUUUCUGUAUUGAAUUUUGCUUUGUCACAGAGUGCCAGAGUAGAGAACUUCUCCUAUUGAGAACUAGUUGUAUCUGAUUGACUCAAUAUUUAUUGAGAACUAGUUGUAUCUGAUUUACUCAAUAUUUAUUGUGAACUAGUUGUAUCUGAUUGACUCAAUAUUUAUUGAGAACUAGUUGUAUCUGAUUUACUCAAUAUUUAUUGAGAACUAGUUGUAUCUGAUUGACUCAAUAUUUAUUGAGAGCUAGUUGUAUCUGAUUGACUCAAUAUUUAUUGAGAACUAGCUGUAUCUGAUUUACUCAAUAUUUAUUGAGAACUAGUUGUAUCUGAUUUACUCAAUAUUUAUUGAGAACUAGUUGUAUCUGAUUUACUCAAUAUUUAUUGAGAACUAGUUGUAUCUGAUUUACUCAAUAUUUAUUGAGAACUAGUUGUAUCUGAUUUACUCAAUAUUUAUUGAGAACUAGUUGUAUCUGAUUUACUCAAUAUUUAUUGAUGAUUAUUGAUUACAUGAAUAGUACAUGUAGAGGUUUGUAUAUAUAGAAUGUUGACCUGCUGUAUUUUCAUUUUAAAUUUUGUCUGUUGGGACAUUUUUUUAGAUGGUCAUUAACGAUGUCAUAAAUUAUAUUAUAUGUAUAGGCCUAUGCAUAUUCUACUCUCUGCUGGGAUGUUUCAUCAGGGUCAGUGAAAUAUCGAGCCCAGGGUAGCUCUGACGAGCCCAGGGUAGCUCUGACGAGCCCAGGGUAGCUCUGACGCGCACGGCUGGAAGCCUGCCUCCUAAAGUAUCUAAACUGCGUUGAUGAAGGCGUAAAAAGCACCAACGUUUUAUAGAAGAGUUCGUCUGUAGUUUUUUGUAGGGUUUUUGUUAUAUGUUAGCAUGUAGCCUGCACACCGUAACUUUUUAAAAAAUCACUACAACUUUUACGUGACACAUUUUGUGGUCAGAUUUGAUCUAUGGUAGUGUCGACAAGACACACACGUGGUCAGUGAGAAUGCCCGUCAAUGUCAUAGAUGGACCCAAAACACUGUGAAAUAGUCACCACAUAACUGUGAAAUAGUCACCACAUAACUGUGAAAUAGUCACCACAUAACUGUGAAAUAGGCACCACAAAACUGAAAUAGUCACCACAUAACUGUGAAAUAGUCACCACAUAACUGUGAAAUAGUCACCACAAAACUGAAAUAGUCACCACAAAACUGUGAAAUAGUCACCACAAAACUGUGAAAUAGUCACCACAAAACUGUGAAAUAGUCACCACAUAACUGUGAAAUAGUCACCACAUAACUGUGAAAUAGUCACCACAUAACUGAAAUAGUCACCACAAAACAGUGAAAUAGUCACCACAUAACUGUGAAAUAGUCACCACAUAACUGUGAAAUAGUCACCACAAAACUGAAAUAGUCACCACAUAACUGUGAGAUAGUCACCACAUAACUGUGAAAUAGUCACCACAUAACUGUGAAAUAGUCACCACAAAACUGAAAUAGUCACCACAAAACUGUGAAAUAGUCACCACAUAACAGUGAAAUAGUCACCACAUAACUGAAAUAGUCACCACAAAACUGAAAAGGUAUAUUGUCCUUUCUUUUAUGAAAUGUUUGAUUUGUAUCUGUUGUGAGAAGAAGAAUUUUUACCUUUUUUUCUGUAUUAAUUUAUGAAAACCUGAGAACAUAUUUAAAUGUACAAUGUCAAAGACUAAACCUAUUUAUUUGCUUGUAAUUCACAUUCCUCUAUGACUUGCCUUUGUACAUUUCUACUGAUGUACCUUCAAUAGAUUGACAACAAAACUUGUCCUAUUUGUACAUCUAUUGUUUCCAUAAAACAUUCCAACUGGAAAGGGUUCAUUUCUGAUCUCCGGGGAAAACUUGCCUUUUCGAUAGAUGGUUACUAACACUAAUCUAUCUGUUUUGUUUCUUGCAUUCCAUAAGCUAAUGGAAUAGUUUUUCAUUAGCUUGUAGCUAAUAUCAUAUACUAUUUAUAGAGUGUUAGGUCACUUUACUUUUUCCACUUACAGUCUAGCAUGUUCAUAGCAAACUCUCCAAAAUAUGCAAAUAGCGAACAGAUUGUAAAAUCCCAAAUUUUUCUUAUGCGUGUGUAUAUUGUUUGUAGCUAAAUCAUGUACAUAGCAAAAUUUGUAUGUAAUGAAAAGAUUUUCGCCUGGCGCCACUUUGGCUAGGUGGGUGCUAGACUGUAUGUGUCUUUGUGUCUUUGUACAUUUGUGUCAUGUGCCUUACCCAGCUUGUGGGGCCGACAGCUAAAGUGUUUGGUUCGGCUCCUCGGGUCGCUCUGAGUGCAGAAAGCACAAGUCCUGUCCUCAUGUGGGGAAGAUGUUUUUAUUGAGGAUGUUGGUCCUGUUCCGGGGAUGUUUGUCCUUAUUUCUGUGGCAAGGUGGUGACAUCAGACACUCGUCAAAAUAA